UUUUAAUGACAUCACCCAAGAUAGAAUGCUGCGGGACUUUGUUGGAUGGGUUUGGUAUGAGAAGAACUUUUUUCCACCAAGGUCUUGGAAGACAGCAAAACAAAGAAUAUUUUUAAAAUUUGAGAGUGCUCAUUAUAAUUCUAUUGUUUGGUUAAAUGGAAUUCAAGUUGCAGCGCACGAGGGUGGACAUCUGCCUUUCCAAGCUGAGGUUACGCAGCUUUUGAAUUUUGGAUCCUCCAAUCGACUAACUGCCGCGAUCAACAACACUCUGACCCCUCACACAUUACCCCCUGGUAGCAUCACUUAUCCAGAACCUGAAGAUCAAUACCCCAAAGGUUACUUUGUGCAGAACCUUCAAAUGGAUUUCUUCAAUUAUGCAGGGAUUCACCGUCCAGUCAAGCUGUACACUACACCAAUGCUAUACAUCAGUGACAUCACAGUUGUCACUAAGAUAUCAGGGACAACUGGUAUAGUUAUUUAUAACAUAAGUGUUGAAGGCGCCAGUUCACCUGUGACUUACACGAUCAGGUUGCUUGAUGCAGAUGGGAUUGAAGUGGCCUUUGGUCAGAAGGAAAGUGGUCAGCUGAAUAUCACCAACGCCCAUUUGUGGUGGCCAUAUACAAUGAGUUACCAUUCAGCGUACCUGUAUACCCUCAUGGUGCAAGUGCAAGAUGAUUCUAAUGAGGAUAUAUAUGAUCUGGCAGUUGGUAUUCGUACAGUAGAAGUAACAAAGACAGAGUUUCUGAUUAAUGGUAAACCUUUCUACUUCCUUGGUGUUGGAAAACAUGAGGAUGCAGAUAUUCGUGGCAAAGGCUUGGAUUAUCCCACAAUAAUCAAGGACAUGAACCUAAUGAAGUGGUUAGGUAUCAAUUCAUUCCGCACAAGUCAUUAUCCAUAUGCAGAGGAGAUCAUGGACCUCUGUGAUCGUCAUGGCAUUGUCGUCAUUGAUGAAAGUCCUGGAGUCGGAAUCAAGCAAAUUGAGAACUUGAGCAAUACUUCACUGCAACACCAUCUGGCUGUCAUGAAGGAACUUGUAACCAGAGAUAAGAAUCACCCAUCUGUGGUCAUGUGGUCUGUAGCAAAUGAACCAGACUCGAAAAGAGUAGAAGCAGGACCUUAUUUCAAGCGGGUUAUUGACUACACACGAACACUGGAUGAAACGCGGCCUGUCACCUUUGUGAUAGGAGGAGGAAGUCAACCAGAUGUUGAUCAAGUGGUGAAGUAUGUUGAUGUCAUUUGUGUCAACACGUACUACUCAUGGUAUAGUGACCCAGGUCACUUGGAGGUCAUUCAGUACAAAGCAAACAACAGUCUCAGAGGAUGGUUCAAUAAGUUUCAACGACCUGUCAUUCAAACAGAAUACGGUUCCGACACCAUACCCGGGAUACACAUGGAUCCCCCAAUGAUGUUUAGUGAGGAAUACCAGAUAGAUCUUUUAACAGAGUAUUUCAAAGUGUUUGAUGAGGUCAGGGGUAAAUUCUUUGUUGGAGAAAUGAUCUGGAAUUUUGCUGAUUUUAUGACGGCUCAGAGUACAACUCGAGUUGGAGGAAACAAGAAAGGAAUCUUAACGAGGCAGAGACAACCAAAGUCUGUUGCUAGGAUCAUCAAGAAACGAUACCACCAAAUUGGUAACACAACCAUGUCACAAGACAAAUCACAAAAACAUCAGUAUAUCUCUAGAAGACACUUUCCAGAGUAUUUCCUAAAGACAGUCUCUGUUGGUGACCAUCAAAUAGAAAUAAAAACAAUUUUAUAGAACAUUUUAGGAUGCCAAGAUGUGUGCAAGUUUAAAGGUUUUUGGCAUUUGGUAAAUACAGUACUACCAUUUUGUUUUUUGCCAUCAAAUCUCUUCAUGUAAUACAGUAUCGCCUUUUUUAGAAGAGAAAAAUGACUAUUGAGAUAAUUACUGUAUUACUAAACAAAAAAUAUUAUUGAACUGUAUCCAUAUAAAUGUCUUAAGUGCUUAAAAAUAGUUUCCAAUACCCAAUAGUAAAAAGAGAAUUAGCGCUUGCUACAAGCCCCAGCACCCCUUGUAUAGUUACUGAAUCGGUGCCAGUUUGGGUCCCUGUCCACCAUUGGUAUUGGGUGCAAAAAUAUACUUGGGAUUUAGUUGUAUCUGUAUUUUUGUAAUUAUGAAUGAAUUCCAAAAUAAAAUCUCAAGU